CCUCAGCGAAGCCUCGCGAGAUCUCGGCCCCGCCCCGAGCGCCUUUGCCCGCUCUCGCGAGAGCCGCGCCCUUUCUCUCUCUCGCGCACGCCGGCAAGAUGCCUUCCAGGCUAAGGAAGACCCGGAAGCUGAGAGGACACGUCAGCCACGGCCACGGCCGCGUGGGCAAACACAGGAAGCAUCCUGGAGGACGUGGUAAUGCCGGUGGUUUGCACCAUCACAGGAUUAACUUUGAUAAAUAUCACCCUGGUUACUUUGGGAAGGUGGGCAUGAGGCACUAUCACUUGAAGAGGAACCAGAAGUUCUGUCCCACUGUGAACCUGGACAAGCUGUGGACGCUGGUCAGCGAGCAGACCAGGCUCAACUACGCCAAGAACGAGGCCGGCCUGGCCCCGGUCAUCGACGUCGUGCGCUCGGGCUACUACAAAGUGCUGGGCAAGGGGAAGCUGCCCAAGCAGCCUGUCAUUGUGAAAGCCAAGUUCUUCAGCAGAAGAGCAGAGGAGAAGAUCAAAGAAGUUGGUGGUGCCUGUGUGCUUGUGGCAUAAAAGUUUUUGUUUUAUUCAAAUUUUUUGAAUAAACAAUGCAUAAAAUGA